GGCCAUCUAUAUAAAUGAUAUCAAAGAAUUUAGAACCUUGAUGCCACUGGACUAAGUCCUGCUCUUACUGCAUCAUUACGAGAGCUUGCUACCCAAAUACCGCAACUUAAAAGGGAUAUCCAAGAAGGUCUUCUAAAGAUGUUAUCUAUUGUUUUGAUGAGGCGUUCAUUACGUCAUCCUGGUAUGCCAAAGCAUUUAAAUAACCAGCCUUCUUCUUCAGGAUUGCAUCAAAAUUUAUUGGAAGUAACAGAUGUCGCAAGCAUUACAUUAGCUCUGAAAACAUUGGGAAGUUUUGAUUUCCAAGGGCGGCCGCUUAUGCUGUUCGUACGUUACUGUGCUGAGAACUAUUUAUCAAGUGAAUAUAAAGAAAUUCGUCUCGAAGCAGUAAGAACAUGCUGUAAACUUUUACUUCCUGCUAUUCAGUCAGUGAAUGCAAGUGGAAGAUAUGGUCAUUCCCUCAUGUCAACUGUGCAAGAAGUAUUAGGGAAAUUAUUGAUGGUUGGAGUCACAGAUGCUGAUCAAAAUGUGCGGUAUUGUGUGCUGGCAUCAUUGGAUGAAAAGUUUGACCCUUACUUAGCUCAAUCUGAGAAUUUGAAUGCACUAUUUAUAGCUCUAAAUGAUGAAAUGUUUGAAAUUCGAGAAUUAACACUUUGCACGGUUGGACGUCUUAGUGCAGUAAACCCUGCAUAUGUGAUGCCAUCCUUAAGGAAAACUUUAAUUCAGAUUCUAACUGAGCUGAAAAAUUCUGGAAUUGGUCGUAACAAAGAACAAAGUGCAAAGAUGUUGGGUCACCUUGGAGCUAAUGCACCUCGGCUUAUUAGACCGUACAUGGAACCUGUGCUAAAAGUGCUUAUUUCAAAACUGAAAGAUCCAGAUCCAAAUCCUGGUGUAACCAUAAGUGUACUCGCUGCAAUUGGAGAACAAGCACAGGUCAGUGGUACUGAAAUGAAAAAAUGGUUGAAGGAACUUAUGCCAAUUGUUCUUGAUAUGAUGCAAGAUUCAUCAUCUUUGCCCAAACGUGAAGUUGCAUUAUGGACUCUUGGCCAGAUGAUUGAAAGCACAGGUUAUGUCAUUGAACCAUAUAAGGAAUAUCCCAAUUUGCUGGAGUUGUUAUUGAAUUUUUUAAAAACAGAGCAGUCAUCUACUAUUAGAAGAGAGGCUAUUCGAGUUCUUGGUCUUUUAGGUGCCUUAGAUCCAUUUAAAAACAAAGUCAACUUAGGCUUAAUUGAUCAAUCUGGGGAGUCCAGUGGUGUUCUCAGUAUUGGAAAUACUACAACUGAUAAUCAAGAAAUGAGUGCUAGUGAGAUGUUAGUAAACAUGUCUGGAACUCUUGAUGAAUUUUAUCCUCAAAUUGCAAUAGUGACUUUGAUGAAAAUAAUUAGAGACCCUUUGCUCAAUCAGCACCAUUCGAUGGCUGUCCAUGCCAUUACAUUUCUUUUCAAAAGCAUGGGAAUCAGUGCAGUACCUUAUUUGCAGCAAGUAAUGCCAUCUUUCAUCAAUGUUAUCAAGACAGCCGAUGUUCAGUUUCGGGAGUUCCUGUUUCAACAGUUAUACCAAAUAAUAAGCAUUGUGAAACUGCACAUAAGAAAUUAUCUUGAUGAUAUUUUUUCCCUCCUUAAGGAGUUCUGGACUCCUCAGAGUCCAAUGCAAAGUACAAUUAUUAUGCUUAUUGAACAAGUUGUAAUGGCUCUUGGAGCUGAGUUUAAGAUAUAUUUACCUGACUUGAUGCCUCAUUUCCUGAGAGUUUUCAUGCAUGAUACUUCUACAAACAGGACGAUAACAACAAAACUUCUUACAGCCUUGCAAAAGUUUGGAAAUAAUUUAGAUGAUUAUCUGCAUUUAAUUUUGCCCCCCAUCGUGAAGCUGUUUGAUUCUCCUGAUGUUCCUGUUUCUGUACAAAAGUGUGCUUUAGAGACAAUCGAUCAUUUAUCUGAAACAUUAGACUUCACCGAAUUUGCUUCUCGCAUCUUGCAACCUCUUGUUCGUAAUUUAGAUACUGUGCCUGAUUUACGUCCUACUGCCAUGGAUACAUUAUGUUCAAUUGUUAUACAGCUGGGAAAAAAGUACCAAAUAUUUAUUCCUAUGGUUCACAAAGUUCUUACCAAGCAUCGUAUUAGCCAUCAAAGAUAUGAUGUCUUAAUUAGCAGAAUUAUAAAGGGCACUUCUCUUGAAGAGAAUGAUGAUCCUCUCAUGUUUGGGAAAAAGAAAUCUCCCUCAAAAUCCCAUGAUGCAGACAUAAGUUCAACAAGCAGUGAUGUCGGAAAUCCGAGAAGAAAACUUCAAAUCAAUAUUGUCAAUUUACAAAGGGCUUGGGCCAUAUCAAGGAGAGUUUCAAGAGAUGACUGGCUUGAAUGGCUUAAAAGAAUGAGUGUUGUGUUAUUAAAAGAAUCUCCUUCUCCUGCUCUACGAUCUUGUUGUGCCCUUGCUGAAUCCUAUGAUCAAUUACCACGGGAUAUGUUUAAUGCAAUAUUUCUAUCCUGUUGGUCUGAACUACAUGAAGCUCAACAAGCUGAGUUAGCUGAAAGCUUAGAACAAGCUUUAACAACUCAAAAUAUUCCUGAAAUUACUCAGACCCUUCUAAAUCUUGCUGAAUUCAUGGAACAUUGUGAAAAGGGUCCUUUACCUCUGAGAUCAACUCUCCUUGGUGAGAAGGCUAUGGAAUGUCGAGCAUAUGCUAAGGCUUUACAUUAUAAAGAAGACGAAUUCCAUAAAGGUCCUACUAGUGAGAUUUUAGAAACAUUGAUAAGCAUUAACAAUAAACUACAUCAAACAGAAGCUGCUGCUGGUGUUUUAGAAUAUGCUACAAAACAUGGAGCUGAUUUGAAAGUUAAAGAACGGUGGUAUGAAAAGCUGCACAAAUGGGAUAAGGCACUUGCUGCUUAUCAGCAGGCUCGUGAACAAAAGCCAGAUGAUGCAAAUUUAAUAAUGGGCCAGAUGCGAUGUCUAGAAGUCUUGGGAGAAUGGUCCCAAUUAUAUCAGUUAUCCAGUGAAACUUGGACUAAUAUUGAUGAAGCUUACCGCCCAAAGAUGGCACCAAUUGCAGCUGCUGCAGCUUGGGGCUUAGGACAUUGGGAAAGUAUGGAAGAGUACACACGUGUCAUUCCUCGCGGUACAACAGACAGUGCUUUUUACCAAGCCAUACUCUCAAUACAUCGUUCAGAAUUUCAUCUCGCACAACAGUUUAUAGAUAAAGCCCGGGACCUUCUUGACACCGAGUUGACAGCUCUUGCUGGUGAGAGUUACAGUCGUGCUUAUGGCGCAAUGGUUCACGUUCAAAUGAUGUCUGAACUAGAGGAAGUAAUUCAGUAUAAGUUGAUACCUGAACGACGAGAUGCAAUCAAACAGAAAUGGUGGGAUAGGCUUCAGGGAUGUCAAAAAAUUGUUGAAGAUUGGCAGAAAAUUAUGCAAGUCCAUUCUUUGGUUGUUAGUCCUCAAGAAGAUAUGAGAUCAUGGUUAAAAUAUGCAAGUCUCUGUAGACGAGCUGGGCGUCUGGCUCUUUCAAAUCGAACACUAGUCAUGCUGCUUGGAGUAGACCCUUCAACAAGACCUGACUUGCCUUUGCCUUGCACAUAUCCACAAGUUACAUUUGCUUAUAUUAAGCAUAUGUGGAAGAGUAAUCAAAAGCAAAGUGCAUUUCAUCAUCUACAACAUUUUGUCAAUGUUUCUCUUGCAUCGCAAGAAUUUAAGAACAUGAACAAUGGAAACCCAUCACUUGAAAUUACUAAACUUUUGUCAAAAUCUUAUCUUAAACUUGGAGAAUGGCAAGAGAAUCUGCAUGGUAUCAAUGAAAUGUCAAUACCUCAGAUUUUACAGUUUUAUUCACAAGCUAUGGAAAAAGAUAAAAACUGGUAUAAGGUUGCUCAUGCAUGGGCUUACAUGAAUUAUGAAGCUGCUUUAUUUUAUAAACAUAAAGAACAGCAAAAGCAUUUGCUUGAAAAUCAGGUUUCCUCUGAAGGUUCUGAAUCCUCAACCCCCAAGCAAAAGGAUACAUUUAGUCUUGGUUCCAUUAAAAUUAUUUCAUCAUCAGAGUAUGUGCGCUUGUAUGCAGUUCCAGCUGUGCGGGGAUUUUUUCAGUCUAUUGCACUUUCCCACGGCAGCUCUUUGCAGGAUACUUUAAGAGUUUUGACUUUGUGGUUUGAUUAUGGCCAUACACCUGAAGUAAACAAAGCAGUCACUGAAGGACUGAAGACUGUUUCCAUUGAGACUUGGCUUCAGGUUAUUCCUCAACUUAUUGCCAGAAUUGAUACUCCUAGACAACCAGUUGGUGAGGUGAUUCACCAACUCCUAAUGGACAUUGGAAAGCAUCAUCCACAAGCUUUAAUUUAUCCAUUAACUGUAGCAGCUAAAUCAACUGUGCCAUCACGAAACAUUGCUGCCAAUAAAGUUCUUGAUAGCAUGAUGAGACAUAGUGGAAGACUGGUUGAGCAAGCCAAAUUGAUAAGUGAAGAACUGAUAAGAGUUGCCAUACUGUGGCAUGAGUUAUGGCAUGAAGGCUUAGAAGAAGCAUCUCGACUAUACUUUGGAGAAAGAAACGUUAAAGGAAUGUUUGCUGCACUUGAACCUCUUCACGCAUUAAUAGAAAGAGGUCCCCAAACUUUAAAAGAAACUUCCUUUACACAGGCAUAUGGCAGAGAGUUAUCAGAGGCACAAGAAUGGUGCAAGAAAUAUCAACGUUCUGGAAAUGUUAAAGAUUUAACUCAGGCUUGGGAUACCUAUUAUCAUGUGUUCCGUAAAGUGGCGAAGCAGUUACCUCAGUUAACUUCUCUUGAGCUUCAAUAUGUAUCUCCAAAACUUUUGAUGUGUCGUGAUUUGGAAUUGGCUGUGCCAGGAACUUAUAAUCCAAAUAAACCUAUCGUUAGAAUAGCUCGUGUUGAAAGCUCACUUCAAGUGAUAACAAGUAAACAGAGACCACGUAAACUUAGCAUCAAAGGCAGCAAUGGAAAAGAUUUUAUGUUUUUGUUGAAAGGACACGAGGAUUUAAGACAAGAUGAAAGAGUCAUGCAGUUAUUUGGUUUGGUUAAUACAUUGCUCAUAAAAGAUCCUGAGACAUCUCGUAGAAAUGUUACUAUCCAGAGAUACUCAGUUAUUCCAUUGUCUACCAAUAGUGGCCUUAUUGGAUGGGUUCCUCACUGUGAUACUUUACACACUUUAAUCAGAGACUAUAGAGAAAAAAAGAAAAUUUUAUUGAACAUUGAGCAUCGUAUAAUGUUGAGGAUGGCACCUGAUUAUGAUCAUUUGACAUUAAUGCAAAAAGUUGAGGUAUUUGAACAUGCUCUAAAGAACACAAAUGGAGAUGAUUUAGCUAAACUUUUGUGGUUAAAAAGUCCAAAUUCAGAAGUAUGGUUUGAUCGGCGAACAAAUUAUACACGUUCUCUUGCUGUGAUGUCUAUGGUUGGAUAUGUGUUAGGUUUAGGAGAUAGACAUCCAUCUAAUUUAAUGUUGGACCGAUUAAGUGGAAAAAUACUGCAUAUUGACUUUGGGGAUUGUUUUGAAGUUGCUAUGACCAGAGAGAAAUUCCCAGAAAAGAUUCCUUUUCGACUCACUAGGAUGCUAAUUCAUGCGAUGGAGGUUACUGGCAUAGAAGGAACAUACAGGAAAACUUGUCAGAAAGUAAUGAAAGUCUUGCGUGAAAAUAAAGACAGCCUUAUGGCUGUUUUAGAAGCAUUUGUAUAUGAUCCUCUUCUAAACUGGAGACUUAUCGAUGCUCAACCAAAAGGUAAGCAUUCAAAAAAUCGGAGUGAAUCAGCAUCAUCUAUUCAUGAUCAAGGUGAUAUGUUAGAAGAAGUGGAUGUGCAAUCACAAGUUGAAACAAAAACAGCAGAUGCGUCCAUAAAUGAUUCUGGAUUUAGUCAGCCUGAAGCAAUGAAUGAAAAAGCUGUCCAAGUUGUUAACAGAGUUCGAGAUAAACUUACAGGUAGGGAUUUUGAUCCUGAUAAGCCAUUAGAAGUAGAAGAGCAAGUAGCUUUACUCAUUAAACAGGCCACCUCACAUGAGAACUUGUGCCAAAGCUAUAUAGGCUGGUGUCCUUUUUGGUAAAAUCAAGGUGCAAAUGAGAAGAUCUGUUCAUAUAGUUAUAUUUUAUUAUGUCCAUUGUGCUGUGAUAAUUUUUGAAACCUGUUAAAUGAAACUGUAUAAUAUACCAAAUUAAAAAAUCUCGAACUUGAAACAUUGUAUACAAUAAAAACAUUUAAUACCUG